UUCUAACCUAUCCCCUCUCUGGGUGACUGGGUAACCACUCUCGCACCAAACGGCAGAAAACAGAGCACACAACUUCCCCCACCGGCCACCAGACGCCGCAAACUUCCCCAAAAUCCCCACCCAAGCUCGAAUCUGAUCCGACGCGCAUCGAAUCGAGUGAGAUGAGCCGCCCGGACGACGGACAUAGGUCUUUCUUCCCUGUGGGAAACCCCUUCCGGGUCAUCCUUCCAGGGGGACCUCACCUGCCUAGGAAGCUCCAGGCGCUGCUCAAGUCAUACGAGGAUGCCCUGGCCUUGAGCUUGAGGAAGCUAAAGCCAGAGAAUGCCUUGGAGGUCCUCACCUUGUCCUGGAUGAGGCUUGCUGUCGAUUGCUUGUCAGAGCUGCAUGCCAACAUAGGCACCCUGAUAACCGAGCUCGAGCUGCCUGUCUCGGAUUGGGAUGAGAAGUGGGUGGACAUUUACUUAAACAGCAGCGUGAAGCUGCUGGACAUCUGCAUCGCGCUAAGCUCGGAGCUUGCUCGGCUGGAUCAAGGGCAGUUGCUUGUGAAGUAUGUCCUGCAUGUGUUGGACCCCAAAGGCGGUGUGCCGUCAUUGGAACAGCUCAAGCGAGCUGAGGUAUUACUUAAGGAGUGGAUGGACAAAGUGGACACGACGCGCCCAAGGCUCGACAGCUGCUCAAUGGCCUUGCAGGAACUUGCUGGGAGCCUUUGUCUGAUGAAGGUCAAGAAUUCUGCUAAGGGGAAGGUCCUCAUGAGAGCUUUGUAUGGAAUAGAGUCUGUGACUGUCUUCACCUGCAGCGUCUUUGUGGCUGCACUAUCAGGUAGUCCCAAGCCAUUGGUGGAGUUGCAUGUCCCUCACAAAUUUGGUUGGUCACAGGCCUUCAAUGAUCUUCAUGCCACCAUCAGCGGGGAAGUCAAAAGGCGAUUGUCCAGAGGAAGUGUUUCAGCUGUAAAAGAGCUGGAAGAAGUUGAAGCAUGUGCCAGAAAACUGCAUGCAUUGACUAGGACUGCGCAGCUUGAAAAUGAAAAUGACAACGUGGCUUGUGCUGUCAGCCUCUCAAAGCAAAUGGUGAUGCCGGUCAGCACUGGACAGAAAGGAGACCCCAGGUGUAAUCUUAAGCCAGCUGAUGACAGUAGCCCGGAGUGUGAAGCGAUCAUGACAGAGACUAGUACAGAAGAAGGAACACAGGAGGCUAAAAUGAUGCAGGAAGAUAACACCCACUGUGAGAAUAAGUUGAUCGAGCUUGAGAGUAUCAGUGAAGAUAACAACAUCAUUCCUGAGAGAACCAGUAUCUCGGAAGGCAGAGAAGAGCUCCUGGACUGUAUCUCCAGCAUGUCGAAAAGUGCCGAGGGGCUUCGGCUCGGGUUGGAUUCCUUGUCGAAACGAGUCGGGGACUUCUUCCAGAUCGUGCUUACAGGACGUGAUGCAUUGCUCUGCAAUCUGAGGAUGUCAGAUGCAGCAAGCAAGGUCACCGAAGUUAGGUCUUGAUGCUCUACGUUUCUGCUGUGUAUGUUCUCUGUUGGUGUAAAACAUGCGUAUAGACGGCUCAGCAGCGCCUGCUUGUACACCGCUCUUCUGACAUGUGCCCCCUGCUCAGCCUCACCGGAACUAAGCUAGGGCACCACAUCUCAGCGGCGACGUGCAUAAUCUUGGGCUGCCAGUUGUGUUGUGUGGGGUUGUAUGUGUCGUAGGUUUGAUAGUCCUUGUGUCUUUUUUUUUGUCGAGUAGAAGUAGUACUAGACAAAUACUGAGUCAUUAGUGUGCAGUAUCAGUGGAAUGUACAAUGCCGAGAGGACAGUAACUGUUUCAUAUGUAUGCCGAAGUGUGUUGCCAGCAAUGUUAGAGAUGAAAGAUGUAUCCUAGAGAGCAAAA